UGAUAGGUUUAAGUCUGAUGAAACAAGUCUCUUUGAGCUCAGAUGCAGUGAAAACAGCUCGUCCAAGCCUCACAGCGCAUUUCUCUCGAGCGGAUCUGAAGAAACUGACGCUGCUGAUGGAUUUCUCCGGGAAAUACCAGCUGGAGUCUCACGAGAACUUCGAGGCCUUCAUGAAGGCCGUUGGGCUGCCGGAGGAUGAGAUCGAGAAAGGCAAAGACAUCAAGAGCAUCUCAGAGAUCCAUCAGGACGGAGCGGACUUUAAAGUGAAGGUGACGGCGGGAACCAAAGUGGUCCUGUACUCGUUUACUGUGGGAGAAGAGUGUGAGCUGGAGACCUUCACUGGAGAGAAAGCUAAAAGUGUGGUUCACAUGGACGGGAAUAAGCUGACGGUGUGUGUGAAGGGGAUCGAGUCUCUGACGGAGCUGAAUGGAGACAUCAUCACUAACGUAAGACUGAACAUCAUCAUCAUCAUCAUCAUCACCUUCAUCACUGCACAGCACCUGACGCUCAAUCUGUUUCAGAUCCUCACCUUCGACGGCAUCGUCUACAAGCGGCUCAGCAGACGCAUCUCCUGAUCAGACGCAGCGCAGGUGACCACACACACACACACACACACACACACAGUCUUUAUCACACUCUCUCCUCAUCAGGUGGCUUUGAUCUGUCCUCCAGUCAUCAUCAGGGGUUAGUGGCUGAGCACCGUCUCCCUCAUGCUGUGAUAGACCGACUCGUUCUGCUUGAACAAGCGCAGCUCCUUCUCCGUCUGCGUCCGCAUCGCCUGAACACACACACACACACACAUCAGGAUCAGAUACAACACUCCCUCUCUCACCUGCUUCACAAGACUGAUCUCUUCUGUCAGACAAAUGGAAAGAAAACUCUUUAUUUGCUUGCACUUUAUCUACUUGUGUUUGUAGAUUUCAAUCCCUGUUCAUAUCUUUCAACAGUUUUUCUCUUACAAAAGCCAACAGUUUUAUUCCACUGUAGAUUCUGAAGGUUUGUGCAUAUUUCAUUCACACUGGCUUAUUCAACAUUUUACUCCUAAAACAUGAUCAAAAUUGAUCAAAAGUUUGUUCUACAAUUUCUAAAAGGUUUCUGUAAGUUUAACCGUCUUCACCUGUAAUGCUUUAUCUUCAAGUUUUCACUGGAAUAUUUAAUUCAUCAUCAUUACAACUGGGUUCAAACUCUACCUACACUUUUAUUAAAAUAGAAUAAAAAUUAAUGCUUUUCAUGGUCUAGAUUUACAGAUUGCAUUUUGCUGGUGUUUAUAUAUAUAUAUAUGAUAUAAAUGUGAAAUACAAUGCAUAUUUUAAAAAGACAUCACAAGCGCAGAGGUUUGUUGUGCUAAUCUAUAGUUAGCAAGUUAACUAAAUGAACAUUGACUCACAGUAUGUUUUAGUUUUAUCUUAUGUAAGAAUUCAUCUUUCAUAUUAAAGCUAAUUUAGCUUUUGUUUAUGCUGGAAGUUGUUGUAAAAAGGCAAAAAAUAUCAAUGUUAUAAUAGUAAUAAUAAUAAAUAUAUUGACGAAAAAUUAA